CAAGAAGCAAGCAACUCACCCAACUAACUCAAGUAACAUGUCUGGACGUGGCAAAGGCGGCAAGGGACUCGGUAAGGGCGGUGCCAAGCGUCACCGCAAAGUUCUUCGCGACAACAUCCAGGGUAUUACCAAGCCCGCUAUCCGUCGUCUCGCACGUCGUGGUGGUGUGAAGCGUAUCUCUGGCCUCAUCUACGAGGAGACCCGUGGCGUCCUGAAGGUGUUCCUUGAGAACGUCAUCCGCGACUCGGUCACCUACACUGAGCACGCUCGUCGCAAAACCGUGACGGCCAUGGACGUUGUGUACGCUCUCAAGCGUCAGGGCCGCACCCUGUACGGCUUCGGCGGAUAAGCGCUUUACCGCUGAUUCCCUCCCGGUUCUGAUGGUUCCAACAACCUGCUCCAAAUUGCAGUCCGCAGUCUUUCUGUUUAACAUGAACGGAUAGUCUGGUGGCAGCUUCCAGAGCUUCA